UCCCCAAACGACGAGAGGCGGCGAAAUCCCUCUUCCAGGCAGUCGAAUAGGAGAUGGCGAGGACGAAGCAGACGGCUCGCAAGUCGACGGGCGGCAAGACGCCCCAUAAGAAGCUGGCGACGAAGGCGUCCAGGAAGACGGCGCCGGCGACGGGGGGGGUGAAGAAGCCGCACCGGUUCCGCCCAGGGACGGUGGCUCUGCGGGAGAUCCGCAAGUAUCAGAAGAACACGGAGCUGCUCAUCCGGAAGCUACCGUUCCAGCGGCUGGUGCGUGAGAUCGCGAUGGCCUUCAAGACGGACCUUCGGUUCCAGAUGUCGGCGGUGUCGGCGCUGCAGGAGGCGGCCGAGGCGUACCUGGUGGGCCUCUUCGAGGACACCAACCUCUGCGCCAUCCACGCCAAGCGGGUCACCAUCAUGCCCAAGGACAUCCAGCUCGCACGCCGCAUCAGGGGCGAGAGGGCUUGACCUGCUGCCUUCCCGUCGUCAUGCCAAUGUUCCCACCCCCUCAUCUCGGACACGAUUGAUUCCUUAACCGAUCAAAUAUGUCCAGAUCAUGAUUUUGUAAGAUAAAUGAUUUGGACAUAUGGAUUCAAGUUGAUUGAUAAUACCCUUUUUAUUUUUUUUUCUUUAGCUUUAUAUAUUAAUGAGCGAUUUCCUUGAAAAUGCUGCUCUUUUCCUUCUUUUUAAUUUUUUCUAGACAUUAUUUUUAUUUUUUUA